UUAUGUCUAAAAAAAAAUUAUAAAAAAAAAUUAAAACGGGAAUUGAAAAAAGACCCACGUUAAAACCCACUAAAAGCGUGCCGCAACACAUUUUAUAUUUUUCCUAACAAAAUUAAUCAGCAAAACAUAUCAGUAGCAUUUAAAUUAAGAAAUAAAAAUUUUGAAGCAUAUCUGCAGGCGCAAGCGUCUAUAAUAACAAGCGGUAAAGACACAGAGCGCUGCUUCAACUAAGAAAAACAGAAAUCACAACAGUGAAAGGAGAAAAGAAAUCACAACGACAAUAACAACUAACACUAACGCAUUUACUAAGCCAAACAACGACGCUGGACGCCCCUCGGUAUGCAAACAAAUUGCGCAAAUAAAUAAACACACAUACACAAAUAGCCAUACGUAACGCAGCAAGUCGCAAGGUAAACGAAAAUCGGCGCUACGCAAUCAGCUAAAGCGACAAAGCAUAAAUUACAACUAAUUGAGGCAUACAUUUAGGCGCAUAAUAAACAAAUCUCAGCACAGUACUAGCGCAGUGACGUGACGCGCGGGCACACAACGCAAAUAACUCAUUUUUGCUGCGGAAGAAGAGCAACCAACAGCGCCGGCGAGUAAUUGCAAGAGUGUGGCAACCGUAGGGUCCAUGCAUUUAGAUGAAAUAUUGGCAAUAGCGACGCGUAAAAUAUUGAAAAGUAACAACUACUAGUCAACGCACAACACAAACACAAUCAAAACGCGCAAAUAAAGUUAGACGCAACGCACACAAACACACGAAAUGGCGUUCAUUUGGCGACGACGCUCCGCGUCCAUUGUGAAAAUCGUGGCCGUGCUCACCGCCAUCUGGUUCACAGUGGCGUUCUUCAUCUACCACGAUGAUGCGGCACAGGGUAGCGGCAGCAACAAAUGGAACGGCAUGUCGCUGGCGCUGAAAAGUGUCGCCGGUGGUGGUGGUGGCGGUGCGCCGCCUAACGCGCUCGACGCUGAGCAGGGCAUUUAUGAAGCCGGUGGCGGUUUUGGCGUUGAACGUGGCGGCGUGGCAGCGGACGAUGGUGGCGCCUACGUGGAGGGUGGUCGACGCGAACAGCGACGCGGUGUAGGCGAUGUGCCGCCACUCGAGCACAAUCAGCUGCUGGCAAAUGAAGAUAUUGCCCAACGGGCAGCUGGUGACGAUGCAGGCGACGCGAAUGUGGGCAAUUUCGCGCCAGAUCUUAAUGUGGGCGAUGAAUCAGUGCAGAAUAAUGUGGUGGUGGCGGCGCAACCAAACGAGCGCGUCUAUCGUGGCAAAUUGAUUGCGGGCAAUAAACCCAGCAGGAGCGCCAUCAAAAAGGUGCCCGAAGAUGAUGACAAAGGCGUACUCGUACCGCCAUCUCCGCCGAAGGAUGCGCCCGGUGAAAUGGGUAAACCAGUUGUUUUACCAACCAACAUGACUGUAGAAAUGAAGAAGGCCGUCGAUGAUGGCUGGACGAACAAUGCAUUUAAUCAAUAUGUAUCCGAUAUGAUAUCUGUGCAUCGAACAUUGCCAGAUCCACGAGAUGCAUGGUGCAAGGAGCCAAAUCGCUAUUUGGAAAAUCUGCCCGCCACCGAUGUCAUCAUCUGCUUCCACAAUGAGGCGUGGUCGGUGCUGUUGCGUACAGUGCACUCCGUGUUGGAUCGCUCGCCGCCGCAUUUGAUUAACGAAAUUAUACUGGUCGACGAUUUCUCCGAUAUGCCACACACCAAGCAACAGCUGGAAGACUACUUCAGCGCCUACCCGAAGGUGAAGAUAUUGCGCGCCCCCAGCCGUGAGGGUCUGAUACGAGCGCGUCUGCUGGGCGCACGCCACGCCACCGCGCCGGUGAUAACGUACUUGGAUUCGCACUGCGAGUGCACCGAAGGCUGGCUUGAGCCACUGCUCGAUCGCAUCGCUCGCAACAGCACCACUGUGGUUUGUCCGGUCAUCGAUGUCAUUGAUGAUACAACAUUGGAAUUCCACUACCGUGACUCGGGCGGCGUAAAUGUGGGCGGUUUUGAUUGGAAUUUACAAUUUAAUUGGCAUGCAGUGCCGGAACGUGAACGCAAGCGACACAAGAACUCCGCUGAACCGGUCUACUCACCCACCAUGGCUGGCGGUCUGUUCUCCAUAGAUCGUAAAUUCUUCGAACGUCUUGGCACGUAUGAUUCGGGUUUCGAUAUUUGGGGUGGUGAGAAUUUGGAAUUGUCUUUCAAAACAUGGAUGUGCGGUGGCACACUGGAGAUUAUACCAUGCUCACAUGUGGGGCAUAUAUUCCGCAAGCGUUCACCAUAUAAGUGGCGCUCUGGUGUGAAUGUGUUGAAGAAGAACUCGGUGCGUUUGGCUGAAGUCUGGCUGGAUGACUAUGCGAAAUACUAUUACCAGCGCAUUGGCCAGGACAAGGGUGACUAUGGCGAUGUGAGUGCACGUAGAGAGCUCAGACGCAACCUUGGCUGCCAGAGCUUCAAAUGGUAUCUCGACAAUGUCUACCCAGAGCUCUUCAUACCUGGCGAUUCAGUGGCGAAUGGCGAGAUAAGAAAUCUAGGCGUUGGCGGUCGCACAUGCUUGGACUCCCCGGCGGGCAAGCGGAACUUGAAGAAGCCAGUCGGACUGUAUCCCUGCCACAGGCAAGGCGGCAAUCAGUAUUGGAUGCUGAGCAAAGGCGGUGAAAUACGACGCGAUGAGGCCUGUCUCGAUUAUGCUGGCAACGAUGUGGUUCUGUAUCCAUGUCACGGCUCCAAAGGAAAUCAGUUCUGGAAGUAUAAUCAGCAGAAGCGUCAAAUACGACACGGUUCAUCAGACAAGUGUCUGGCCAUAUCGGAGAAGAAGGACAAAGUGGUCAUGGAGGAGUGUGAUUCGAAUCAAUUGCGACAACAAUGGAAGCUCGAAAAUUACGAUCCAUCGAAAUUGUGAGGUUACUUUUAUGCCAACGG